UCCCUUGACUUCCUCCUCGUGCAACUGAUACUCCUAUGUAUGCGUAGCGUAUUAAUGUAAUGAGACAGUUCGGAAGGACGUUGUUAGAAUGAAUUACUCAGCGCUACAAACAAGCACAGACAUUUAGAAAAAGGUUGCUUCGACGCCACUUCCGGUGUGGAAGUGUCACAAUAAAGGUCUAAACUCAGGGCGGAUAUCAUGUGCUACGGGAUUAAAAGAUCGACACUGAUGAAUUGCAUCAUAACUCUUGAUUGAGUGGUCGGUGUCAAGGUUUACUAGAACAAUAGUCAGGGUGACACAGUCACUGCAGUGUCGCUAACUGCUGCAUUUAGACGCCCGGAGCUGUAACAACUGUAUUUGGGUAAUGGAGAAAGCCAAACAGGAUGCAUUUGAUCGUGCAAGGCUUGAGGUGAUUAAAGAUGGCUACGAGAGAGGCUUUGAGUGCAUCAACAAAGGUCUGACAGCCGAUGAAGCCGGAGACCCGAGCCAGGCUCUGGAGCUGUACAAGAAGGGUCGACACCACCUUCUCCGGGGCAUCAGCGUGCCCUCGCGGGGCGAUGAGUGCACAGGCAGCUCCUGGGAGUCGGCCCGACAGAUGCAGCAGAAGAUGCAGGAGACCCUCAACAACAUCACCACCCGUCUCGCCAUACUGGAGACCGCUACCGCUGCAGAGGGGCCCGCCGAGCAGCCUUCUGAAAGCCUCUACCCAAAAAUACUAGCGAAAGAAAAGCCGCAGAGGCCCCGCCCACCGCUCCCAGGGAACGCACCCGGUUCUUGCAACCCUGGGGCGCUUUCUGCUAGCAGACCACCCGUAGCUCAAGGAGAACAUCCGCCGGCGUACUCGCCCCAAGCUGUCGAGGGUCACCUCUCCAUCUCGUACGGGACCGAAUCAGGCGAGCUUUCACUGGUGGGUGACGAUUUUUACAGCCGGACGUCAACCUCGUCGUCGUCCCCGCAGAGCAUGGGCGAGGACGCGGAGGAGCUGCUGUGCAUCCCUCAGGGCGUGCAGAUAUUCUUCGUGACCCCCGAGGGCCAUGUGAGCGCCCCCUCCUACCCGGGCUACCUGCGACUGGUGAAGUUCACCAGCGAUCACUCUGAGACGAUGCCCGACAGACCUCCAGCUUUCCUGCAGGUGUGCGACUGGCUGUACCCGCUCGUGUCGACAAACUCCCCGGCCUUGCUGUGCAACACCGGCGUUUUCAUGUUCCCCGACAUGAUGGCGCCGGCGCCAGGCCAUUUUGUGGGAGUGGUUCUGUCUUCUGAGCUGCCUGCUGCCGACAGAGAGCUGUUCCAGGAUCUGCUGUCUCAGAUGACAGACCUUAGGGUUCAGGCUCCUGUUGAAGCCGACGAGCAUGAUAAUCUCAGCCACAAAGUGCCCAUUGUUACGCCGGAAGAAACCGAAGCGGCGGUUGAGAAGGCAGCGGAGGAGGAGGCAGUGGCGGCAGAGGGGGACGACCAGGCUCUACCCGUAUGGAGCGAGAAGGUGGCCAGUGGCAUCCUGACUGGCGCGUCCUGGUUGAGCUGGGGUCUGGUCAAAGGAGCCGAGUUCACAGGCAAGGCCGUCCACAAGGGGGCGUCUAAACUCCGAGAGCACAUCACACCCGAGGACAAGCCGGCCCACGUCAGUCCCACCGUCACCAAAGGCCUUCAUGUUGCCAAGCAGGCCACGGGGGGAGCUGUCAAAGUCAGCCAGUUUCUAGUGGACGGUGUGUGCACUGUAGCCGGCUGCGUGGGACGGGAGCUGGCGCCGCACGUGAAGAAGCACGGGGGGAAGCUCAUUCCGGAGUCCAUGCGGAAAGACAAGGAUGGGCGUUCGAACAUAGACGGUGCCAUGGUGGUGGCCGCCAGUGGCGUGCAAGGAUUUGCCACCAUGUGGACCGGUUUGGAGGUGGCGGCCAAAAACAUUGCGACGAGCGUGGCGUCGGAGACCGUCACUACGGUGAAGCACAAAUUUAGGGGUCUUCAAAACUUCUUAGACCCCCCUAAUGGCAACAAUUGAUGAUUAAAACAAAGCGAUUUAACUCUUUGCACUAACAACAAGCAUGACAUGAGCCGCUUUUUUAAAAUAUGUGCCUUUUCCUUACUUGUCAUAGCAAUAAUUAUGUUCGUUGAGAUUUACAUUGUAAUUAAUGAGUCGAGGUAGUGGGGGCCAAAGUAUAUGCAUACACGUUUUUUUUGUUACCAUAAAUCAUUAAACUCUUAAGUCCAUGGCCACACCAUUACGAAUAUUUUAUGACGCAACUUCUUUGUAAAAAAAAUCAUCUCCGUCAGCACCAUUGGCAUUUAAAAAAAGGAUAAAUAAGAACAUCUCUGUCCACAAUAAAGUCACACUCCCCAGCUUUAAUGCACAUUUUGGCCACUUGUCCUGUGUGUGUUAUGAGAGCCAAAACACACUCGUCCACCAUUGACUGCAUGGAAAGAAAUCAGCACCCGUAAGUCAAUAACUUCAUUAAAGUACAGUAGUAGCUCGGUUUGAAAAAUUGCGACAACAACCUGAAUCAUACGAAAACCAAUGCAACAUUUUCUUAAAGAAAUAAAUAAUGUAAAUCCAAUUAAUCCAUUCCAGACUAGGGAUGGGUACCAAAUUUGGUUCUUUUAUAGGCCCUGACCAAAUUAUAUCAAUACUACUGGGUAUUAAUUCACGUAAAAUCAAACUAAAACCUUUCAUUAUCUUUUUUUGUCAGACUAAACACCGGCUCAAACGCUUGGCAAGGAAACACUACUCACUACGUGUCCAUGCAGUAAAUAGUUUUAUUUUUUUAUUUUUACACCGACAUGUGAAGUCCAAGUGUCCAUGCACCGUCUCGAAUGCGACUAAUGGUUAUACGCUAUGUGCCUCCUGUACACUAUGGGGUGCUGAUUUCAUUUUAGCUCAGAUAACUGAAUUACUUUUCCGGUUGACCUAUGAUGUCACGACCUAUGAUGUCACUCUUGGAUUUGCGGGUCUUUACAACUUGUAAUAUUGGCACAGAUUACAAAUAUUACUUCUCUAAUGGCUAGCAAACAGUGUCAAGAAAUUAUCUUGAAUUGCGCUACGAACAUGACGCCACUACCAAGAAUGUAUCGGGGCGAAUGCAGGUCCGAAGCAAAGAAAGACGGGCGGAAGAGUUUUUUCGAUACGCGUGGUAUUCUUUGUUCGGACACACCUUUUACGCGUGCAAACAGACUAGUUUGUUCCAUGCAAUUUUUGAACGUACGAUGACCAAGACAGAAUACGAAAACCAGGGCAAAAUUUGGCCAAAAUCUUUUGGCAAAAAGCGGGGCUUACAACAUCUAAGGCACGGCUGUACUUGUGUUCUGUGUUAAGUAAGGUUUAAAAACAUGGCAAUAUGUCGCAUAAGCCCCCCAAAACCAGUCCAUACACAAACAUCGAGAGUACUUAAAAAUCUUCACCAUCGAGCACAGUUUUUAAGGGAGUAAAUAUUUGUGGACAAAUACAGCACAGGCCAAAAGUUUGGACACACCUUCUCAUUCAAUGCAUUUUCUUAUUUUCCAUGACUAUUUACAUUGUAGAUUGUCACUGAAGGCAUCA